AUGUGCAAUCCAAAGCCCUCUUCCCCAUCCUCAUUUGUCUGCAACACUAAGAAAAAUCAUUUCACAAAACCCCAAAAACACAUGGAUAUUUGCACUACUCAUGAUGAUUAUGAUUAUGAUGAUGAUGAUCAACUUCAUAGAUGGCCAACCCCUACUGAGGCCCUGCAAGAGAUCAAAGCCAUAGGGAAGAUAUCAGGACCUACUGCCCUGACAGGGCUACUACUAUAUUCAAGGGCCAUGAUUUCCAUGCUAUUUCUUGGCUAUCUUGGAGAGCUUGAACUGGCAGGAGGAUCUCUUGCUAUAGGCUUUGCAAACAUCACUGGUUACUCUGUCAUUUCAGGCUUAGCCAUGGGCAUGGAACCUAUUUGUGGACAAGCCUACGGCGCCAGACAAAUGAAACUUCUAGGCAUAACUCUGCAAAGAACUGUCCUCCUCCUCCUCUCCACCUCCAUUCCCAUCUCCUUGACGUGGCUCAACAUGAAAAGAAUCCUUUUAUGGUGCGGCCAAGAUGAAGAAAUCUCAUCAAUGUCACAUACUUUCCUAGUCUACGCAAUCCCUGACCUCUUCUUCCUUUCACUGCUCCACCCUCUUCGUGUCUAUUUAAGGACUCAAAGCAUCACAUUGCCCUUAACUUAUUGCUCAGCAAUCUCAGUUCUCCUUCAUGUUCCACUCAAUUUUCUUCUAGUCAGGUACUUUAACAUGGGAAUCACCGGCGUUGCAUUGGCAAUGGUUUGGACUAACCUAAACCUUUUUCUUCUGCUCUGCUCCUUCCUCUAUUUCUCUGGGGUGUAUAAAGAUUCUUGGGUGGCUCCCAGCAUGGAUUGUUUACGCGGCUGGUCAUCUUUGCUAGCGCUAGCUGUGCCAACUUGUGUAUCUGUUUGCCUUGAGUGGUGGUGGUAUGAGUUCAUGAUAAUGCUUUGUGGACUCCUACUCAACCCGAAAGCAACAGUUGCUUCUAUGGGAAUCCUCAUCCAAACAACCUCAUUGGUCUAUGUUUUUCCGUCUGCUCUGAGCCUGGGAGUCUCCACCAGAGUUGGAAAUGAACUCGGAGCCAACCGGCCAGCCAGAGCCCGCAUUUCCAUGAUAGUUUCCCUAAUUUGCGCGGUCGCAUUAGGCCUUGCGGCAAUGCUCUUCACUAUCUUGAUGAGGCACCAAUGGGGCCGGUUUUUCACCAGCGAUGCUGAGAUUCUUGAACUAACAUCAGUAGCAUUGCCCAUAGUUGGGCUUUGUGAGCUUGGAAAUUGUCCCCAAACAACCGGCUGCGGGGUGCUGAGAGGAAGUGCUAGGCCUACAACCGGAGCAAAUAUCAAUUUGGGAUCAUUUUAUCUGGUCGGAAUGCCGGUGGCAAUACUGAUGGGUUUCGUGUUAAAAAUGGGGUUUGCUGGGCUGUGGCUGGGAUUGCUUGCAGCCCAGGCCUCAUGUGCACUUCUUAUGCUCUAUGUAUUAUGCAGAACGGAUUGGAUAGUUCAAGUUGAAAGAGCAAAAGAGCUAACAAAAUCAUCAUCAUCUUCUUCUUCUACUACUACUACUACCACAAAAACAACUACCUCAGCAGGUGCUGGUGGUGGUGUUAUAUUGCCGGUGUCAUCGCCGCCUUCCCAGUCCACCACCAAGCAUGAUGGAGCUGGCAAGACAGUUAAUCUUGAACAGAUAUUGUGCACUAAUGAUGAGUUGGUGAAGUCAGCUUCACUUGAAACUGACCCUCUCAUAUCUAACCACAUUGUGCAUUAAUCAGAGUUAUAACCCUCAAGAUUUUUUCUUUUUUGGUUUUUUGUUUUUUCCAAGUCCCCCUUGAGGGGUUGAUGUGAAAAUUGGUUAUUUGAUUUUUA